UUGUCGUAAACAUAGCUACAAUUCGAUAGUACGCUGUUGCCCAACUCGGAGGUGUUGUUGGUGCGCGUCUUUGUGUAGUUCGAUUGCCGUCGUCAUUAUUGGCUUUUCCCGGUGCGAAUUUUCUAUAGAUACGUCCGCAUUUAACAAAUGUGAAUUUAUCGAAACGAACGAAGUGCAACGGAUAACAAAAAGAAAAUUUACGUGCACGGAUAUUUGUGAGAAAGUGUGUUCGUAGGCACUGCCGUGAGCAAACACGCAGUGGAAGCAACGCGAAGGGAACAGAUAGAACAACCUAAUAGAAGAAAAUAUAUAAAGUGGAAAAAGUUUUAAAUAAUGAAAUUUUAAAUAUUAAACUUGGCAAAAAAGUAGGAGCUAACCUCAAAUUUUGGCGUAACAAAUUUUUUGUGGGUAAACAGUGUUGCAUUUGAAAGUGCGAUGAAGUUUAGUUCUCAAAAUUAAGUGCAGUUUAAGAAAUUUGCAGUGGGGUGUGUACAACAACAACUGUCAUAUGCGAGAUUCGGUGAUCUAAUGCAGGAUCUACGUGAAAACAAAAACAAAGUCUAUGAAGUUGUUAGAGAUAAAUUGAAACAAGAUCAGCUCUUUAAUGCGUUUUACGUUGGAUAAUAAACAAAUUAUAUAAACUAAAUAAGUAAUAAAUAUUGUAGAGUUAAAAUUUGAAACAAAAACAAAAAACGCUAAAUGAGAUCGGAACUUUAGAGAGAGAGAAAUAAAAUCUUAUAAAAAGGAGUAGCGAAAAAGUUCGUAAUACUGUAAAACAUUUUUGAACAACUAAAAAACAUAACGUAAAACCGCUUUAGCAACACUUAAGCAUAUUAUUUCACCUUUAAGUGACUACUAGAAAAGCCAAAGCGCCGUUUGGAAGUGCCUUAAAAAUACCGAAAAAAAUUAAAAACAAACUUAAACAGAAAUUAUUUGCUCAAUAUUUCAUAAAACAACUCUUUGGAAAAUUUUCAUUUGCCUUUGGCCCAACUUAAAUACCGUUAAAUAAUCAAUAAUAAAUAGAAUAAAAAACUUUUUGAAAGAAUUAAACGAAAAAUUAAAAAUAAAUCAAGCAAAAUAAAAAAGUUAAAAAUAUAUGACAAAAAAAAAAAAAUAAAUAAAUGAAUUUAAAUAAAACCAAAAAUUUGAAAAAAUUCUUAGCUACCAUUUUGCUAAAUCUUUGCUGUAGGCACUUAAAACUUUAACACAAAAAAGCGCAUUUCAAGUAAAGUUUAAGCACGAAAAACCCCACAAUGCAGCAGAAUGAAAAUUUCCUUAUUUCCAACAGGCGUUUAAAAAAUAAUUCAAAAUAAAAUUUAGCAACCAAAAUAACACUUAACAGCAAAACAAAACAAAAACAAAUCUUCUACAGCUUAAACAUAGUUUUUAUUUACUACUAUAAAAAAACAAAAAACCCCGUCGCUUAAAUCAUUCUUGUAUUCUUCUUUUGCGCUCUCGCCAAUUGACUUUUAAUGAUCAACUCCAAUAUACGAUUUGUUCUCAGCAUUCGCAUCAGUUACAUUUUACGUUGUGCGCUGGUAAACAUCAUACAACAACACAACACACAACGAUAACCGCCGUUUAGUUUUUGUCCGGUUUCUAUGUUGUUUUUCGAUAGUGGGUGAGUGUGCGUGUGUGUGUGUGCGCGCGUGUGCGUUUCAAAACUGCAUUCUUGAGCACUCAUCAUCAUUCAUUAUCUAUCAGCAAGACGCCAGUUUUAAGCUUAAUAUAUGGUAAUGGCAGAGAUUGGUGGCCAUUUGGCUCACCAGCUACCAAAUUUGCACAACCACACACAAAGUGGAUUACAACCGUCGCUGGUGAUGAACCAUCACCUGGAAUUGGAUUGCCAUGGACAUGAUGUGAUAAAAAAACAGCGUUUAUCACUUUGUGUGGGCUGUGGCGGCCAAAUUCACGACCAGUAUAUCCUGCGCGUCGCCCCCGAUCUUGAAUGGCAUGCGGCAUGCCUCAAAUGCCAAGAAUGCCGGCAAUUUCUGGACGAGAGUUGUACGUGUUUUGUGCGUGACGGCAAGACGUACUGUAAGCGUGAUUACGUUAGGUUAUUUGGUACAAAAUGUGAUAAAUGCGGUAGCUCAUUUAGUAAAAAUGACUUUGUGAUGCGGGCCAAAACGAAAAUAUUUCAUAUUGAAUGCUUUCGUUGUUCGGCGUGUGCGAGGCAGCUGCUACCAGGCGAUGAGUUUGCGUUACGAGAUGGCGGCAUAUUAUAUUGUAAGGAAGACCAUGAUGUUCUAGAGAAAUCCUCGCAAAGUAGUCUAACGUCAUCAUCAAUAGAAAGCAACAACAAUAAUAGUAGUAGUAAUAAUAAUAAUACAAGUCUUAGUAAUAAUAAUCAUUCCAGCGAAUUGGGUUCAAUGUCAGAUUCUGGUAGCGAAUCGGGCUCACAUAAAAGUAUUAGGGAAAAAAGGCCUUCGGGUCCAUCGGAUGGUAAGCCGACACGGGUGCGAACGGUCUUGAAUGAAAAGCAACUGCAUACAUUGAGAACCUGCUACAACGCUAAUCCGCGACCUGAUGCGCUCAUGAAGGAGCAGCUGGUGGAGAUGACUGGUCUCUCGCCACGCGUCAUACGAGUCUGGUUUCAGAAUAAACGCUGCAAAGACAAGAAGAAAACUAUACAAAUGAAACUGCAGAUGCAACAGGAGAAGGAGGGACGAAAGCUCGGUUAUGGCGCCAUGCAGGGCAUACCGAUGAUUGCAAGUUCGCCGGUACGCCACGAUUCGCCGCUCAAUUUGCAGGGCCUCGAUGUGCAAACAUAUCAGCCGCCAUGGAAAGCCUUAUCCGACUUCGCGUUGCAUGCGGAUUUGGACAGCAAUGGUGCGAUAAACACGCAUACGCCCGCGUUCCAACAAUUGGUGAAUCAGAUGCAUGGUUACGAUCUCAAUGGCAUGCCACCGCUGCCACCACAUCAACAGCAAGGACCACAUCCGCCACCUCCCGGCCAACAAAUGAACGGACCACCCAUUGGCAGCAUGGACUCGGGCAUAACGUCACAUCAUCACCCGGACAGCACUGACUCAUAUGUGACCUAUCUGGAGAGCGAUGACAAGUCCAAACUGGCUUUGACACCAACAUCGUCAAUGUCUUUGUCACUGUCUUCAUCGUCGUCAUUAUCAUCAUCAUCGGCAUCAGCGGCCACAUCAAUCGCUUCGCCACCAUCAGCCUCAAAUACAGCCAAUGGAAGUGUGAGUGGCAUCGUCGGCCUUAGUGGAAGUGGAGCUGGAGCUGGAUCUAGUGGUAGUAUUGGUGUUGGUGGUAUAGCUUGUGCGCUAAACACAGGUCUCGGUCUGGGAGCCAUUGGAAUGGGCGGUGGUGGCGGCGGUGGCCUUGGUGGCACAGCGAGCUGUGGCCAAGCGCAAUCUGCAACGGAGCAGCUAAUGCAAAUGUUGCAAAAAGUAACCGCUUCGCCAUCGCAUGCGGUGCUUUGAAGGAUGUACGAGGAGUUCUGUCGUCAAGCCGGAACUCAGUGAUGCGCAAAGGGCAAAUGUGCAAUUUCCAAAGGAGGUGUAAGAGGAGCAGGCGACUAUUGGAAGGGCAAGCAGGUAUAGAGAAGUAACUGCAGUUGAUGAGCAGUAUAAGUAUAUGAGUAUGUGUAUAUGUAGCUCGUAGUAGAAAAGGCGCCUCAGUAUAAGCUUUAGUUGCCGGUUGAAUAAGAGUGUUAAUGAUUGAGCACUUCAGCGCGCAAUGUCGUUUAACAGUAGCUGAAAAUGAGCGGCAACAUUCGCGAGACAAGCUGCGCUAGAAUUUCGUCACCAAAAAUGUGUAGAGCGCGCGUGAAGAGUGUGAAUAUUACACGAACAAUGCUUAAAAGCAUGAAGAGUGCACUGCUACGCCCACUGUUGCCUACUGUUAGGCGCAAUUUUUGGUAAUGAAAUUUUAGUGCGUUGAAUUACGAAAUCGCAGCGCAGUUUAAUCAAGUAAUAAAAUUGUUAUUUUAUCCAAUUGUUGCAUGGUUUGGCAAACAUUUUCACACUCUUUAAAGAACAUAAAAUUGGAAUUAUUUAAAAACUUUCAAAAGAAAUGCUCACUCACUUGAAAAGUUCAUUAAUUGUAAAAACAAAAACUCAGUUUAAAGAAAUUGAAAAAAACCUAUUAAAUAUAAAAUCAUUAUUAUUACAUAAUUAAAAAUAACUGAAACUAAAACCAAAAGGCAAAUAAACAUAGGGAAAUAAAAGUUUGUAAAAAAAUGCAAAUCUAUAUAUCUUAGAAAACUGUAUAUACUACUUAUACAUACAUAAAUUUAAUACUUGUAAUUUGGAGAAAAGUACGUAAUUUAGAAGAGGGGAAAAUUCUAGUUGAACUAAACUAAGAAAAACUCAAAAAACACUAACAGAAUACAAAAAACGUACAACCAAAAAAACAUUCACUCAAAAAAUUUGCAAAUAUCUGAAAGAACUUCAAAAAGCAGUAGGUGAAGGGUGCAGGGGUGUGUAUCUAACAGGAGGCUAUGAUAGAGCAAAGCACUCGCUAAAAAUUUCUUUGAUCGCAAUGCAACCGAGGCAAUGGCAAACCUUCGAGUACAUUUCUGCCAUGAAAAAGCUCCUCAUAAAAAAAAAUGUGUGCCGUUCGGAGUCGGUUUAAAACUGUAGGUCCCGCAAGGCGCAUGCCACAAAUAGGAGCAGGAGCUUGGCCAAACACCCAAAAAGGGUGUAAGCGCCAAUUAUAUAUAAUUAUAUAAUGCAACCUAGGCUUGAUUGG